AACCAAAAAGAAAUAUGGCAGGCUUCCUGGAGAUGAGCAAGCAUCAUUGUUCAAGUACAUUUGGCAAGGAAACAUUAUUCCAUUGAAUAUAUGGACCUUCAAGGAUUACGUGUUUCACCUCAUUGCCUGUACUAGACCAGUAUUUCAGCAGGGGAUAUGUAAAGCAGUAAGAUCAUAGCUGAACUCCCCAGAAUGGCUACUAAAAGCAUUUGGCAAAGCUUGGCUCAGGAUAGUGGCUCGUUUAUGCAUCACAUUAAAAAGACAUUUAUUCUGCUGCUCACAUUAGCAUUUUUACUGUCUGCUGUUGCUUAUGUCUCAGAUUUCUCUUUCGAGACAAUUGCAUACUCUCAAACCUGGUUGACUAAAAUCAGGAAUUGGACUCAUGCUGAGGUAAUUAACAGCAAUUUGGCUGAUCGUUCUCAAAAUGAUUUAUUAGCACCUUUGCCAAAUCAACAAAUCCAACCAAGAGGCACAACUAUCUAUCAUCAUGUGGCUCAUCCAAGCAACUAUAAUUUCAUCCUGGAUGAACCUGAUAAAUGUAAGCAGGAUCCGUUCUUGGUCUUGAUGGUCCCUGUGGCCCCCCAUCAGCUGGAGGCUCGUAACGCCAUCCGCAGCACAUGGGGGACUGAGAGCUCAGUGCAGGGAAAAGCAGUGCUGACUCUGUUCUUGGUGGGUUUGACUGGAGGAGCUGAAACUCAACAGCAGCUGGAGGAAGAGAGUCGACAACACAGAGAUUUACUGCAGAGCAACUUUGUGGACUCGUACUUUAAUCUGACCAUAAAGACCAUGGUGAUCAUGGACUGGCUGGCCACUCGUUGCCCUCAAGCAACUUAUGCUAUGAAGGCUGAUUCUGAUAUGUACAUAAACCUGGAGAACCUGAUGAGCCUCUUAUUGUCACCCAACACACCCAGACAGAACUACAUCACAGGGUAUUUGAUGUGGAACCGCCCUGUCGUCAGAGACAAAAACUCUAAAUGGUACGUCUCAGAGGAAUUGUACCCUGAACCGACAUACCCCACGUACCUGCUGGGAAUGGCAUAUGUUUUCUCCAAUGACCUGCCAGAAAAAUUAGUUGAGGCUUCCAAGGAAAUAAAGCCCUUUAACAUAGAAGAUGCAUAUGUGGGCGCAUGUCUGAAACAAUUGGGCAUUGCACCCUCAUCUCCCCCAGACCCUUCACAGUUUAGAGCCUAUUUGGGACAAUAUAAUCGAGAAGAUUUUUUUAGAGUUAUUACGACAAUCCUGGGAUCCCCACAGCAACUAAUAGACAUCUGGAAGGACGUAAAGAGGCCCACAUAAAACAUUACAAUAACCUUUUAUAGGCUCUAUUACAACUUGAAAGUUGAAAUUUAUAGUUUUAUGAAAUUUACUCAAAAGUACAUACACAAACAUAAAUAACAAUUUUAACUGAAAGGUUGAAAUGGGUUUUCAAAGCAAAUGUGUUUUUCCAUAAAUCUCUGUUGGGGCAGGUUGUCAUCUGGUGUCAUAAUUACCUUGUAUACUGAAACUGUAAAUUAAUUUACCAUUUCUGUUGGCCAGAACAAAGGUUUGAUUUAUGUGCAUUAUGUUUUUCAUUUUUAUAUUUUUAUGAGUUAUGUGUUUCACAACUGAUUUACUCUUUUAAGUAUUGCUGAUUUUUU